AUGAUUAUUGUAAUUAAGCGAAGAAUUGUAAAAAUUUUUAUUGUAUAUUAGACAAUAUGGAUCCUUAUUAAUGCAUAAAAUACUUGUUCCGCAGGAUGCUUAAAAUGUUUUGAUACAAAUAGAAUAGAUAGAAAUAGUUAAUGCACUUAGUGCUCUGAAAAUUUUGAAUUAGAUUCAAAAAAUAAUAUUUGUGUUUAUUCAUAAUGUGGUAAUAAUUUAUACUAUGAUACAAAUUAAAACUAUGGUACUUAAGGUAGUUGUGUAGCUAUUUGUAGUCCUUUUAGUUAAAGAAAUUAGAAAACAAAUAUUUGCUCAAACUAAUUAACAUGCUCUACAUCCAAAUAUUCUUAACAAAAUAUUUAAAAUGAUGAAAUACAAGACUUCUUCAAUUACCAAGAUAUGUAUUAUGUUGCUAAAUAGCCUGGAUAUAUUUCUGUCUAUGAUAAAAAUUAACUAUAUCUCAUAAAACGUAUGAAUUUCUAGGCAAAAGAUCUUAACAUUUUUAACAUAAAUGGCAUGAUAUUUAUAAUAAGUAAUGACAAUUCAAUAAGUAUUUGGGAUAUUAAGAGUGAAUAAAGGACUUUAAAAAGAUAUUCAAAUAUUACAUCUUUUAAUCUAUACACUUAGAUUAUUCUAAUGCAAAAUAAAUAUAUAUUUGCUUACAAUAUUCAAUAACAAUCAUUAACAUUUGAAAUAAUUUAUGAUCAAAUUAAUAAAGAUUUUUGCUAAUCAAAUUCUUUUAUAAUUAAUAUUAGUGGUGCUUAAUCAGUUUUGUUGAUUGAUUAAUAUUUAUUUGUUAAUAACUCAACUAAUAUCAUUGUUUAUUAGAUAAUAGUAUAAAAUAAUAAUAAGGAUUUAAUUUUGUAGUUAUAGUAUCAUUUAGAAUAUUAAUUAUAAUAUUAAAGCAAUUAUUAUAGUAUUCUCUAAACUUCUAAUGAUGACAUAUAUUUAUUAAUCUUAGCAUAAUCCAUCUUUAAAAUUAGUAUAAGCAGUAAAUAUUUUGAAGAUAUGUAAAUAGAAUCUUUAAGUACUUAGGAAAUAGUAAAUGCAAAGAUGUAUUAAUCAUCAAAAGCUGAUUCAAAUUAAUAUUUGAUAAUCCUUACAAAAUAAUAACUAUUUUAUUAUGACUUUUCGUCUUAAUCAUCUAAAUUAAUUAUUUAAGAUGGGUCUUAAAUUACUGAUUUUGAGGUCUGCAGUUUAUGGGGCAAAUAAAAUUAGAUAAUUGUACUUCUUGGCUAAAUAAACUUGUCUGUUUAUUACUUUGAUUAAGAUUUAUAAUAAUUUAUAUAGUCUAAUUAGAUAUUUACUUUAAAUUAUUAAGCCCAUAAUCUCAAAUUAAUUUAAUAUCAAAGUUAAAGCAAUAAAGAAUUAAUUUAAGAGUUAGUCAGCACUGAUAUUAUUUCAAUUUUAAUAAUUAAAAAAGGUAGUAUUGAGUAAUAAGAGUAACAAUAAAUUUAAAUUAUUACAAUUGCAAAUUUUAACAUAACUUUCCCAACUCCUGGAUAGCUUAUUAUGAGUAAUGAUUAUCCUCACUCUAUUUUAAAUUAUUCACCCUCUAUGGUGAUUUAUGCUAAUGGAGAUAAUUCAGAUAUUAUUUUCUAUGAUUCAUCAGAUGAGAGUAACUGUAAACUUAAAAGAAAAAUUUAAUUGUCUUCAUAAAAAUUACAAAAAUUAUCUUUAACAAGCUUUUUUAGUGAUAAAGUUAUUGCUAAAUUUUUUGUUGAAUUUUGGAUAAUUGAUAUUUAUAAAUAAAGUGUUAUUAAAUCGUUUGAUAACGGAUAUUAUUUAUUUGCCACUAAUAAAGAUAAGCUCGUUGUAGUUGAUAGUGAAUGUUUGAAUGUAUAUUCCUCAAAUAUCUUACUUUUAUAUAAGAAUUGCUAAAAUUAUUUUAAGAGCUUUUUGUUUUAGGAAAUCCAUUUAAAUAAUGAUUUAAGAAUUUUUAUUGUUAAAUAGCAAGAAUAAAAUUUUUCCAUGCUUAGUCUUUUUUAAAUUGAUUUAGAUAAUCAAACUCUAUAAAAACUUAAUGAAAUAGAAAAUAUAAACUACAUUUAUUUGCAAGUUUUCUAAAACUUUGCUUCUCAACAAGAUAGAGUUGAUAAUAAUUAUUCAAUAGAAUAAAUAUUUAUUUUGGACUCAUAAUAUAAUCUUAUAAUUUAUAACAUGAAUUUAACUGUAAUCUAUUCUUAAAAUUAGUUGAAAUUAUCAAGAGUAUUUUCUUUUAUAAAAGUAAUGAACGAUAAUUAGGUUUUUGUGUUAUUAGGAUAAUAAUAGAUUAUAUUAAUUAAUAUCUAAACCAACAAUUGUAAGUUUUUCAAAAUUGACUAUUUAAUGGAAUAAUAAAAUAUAUAUGAAGCUAUAAAAAAUAUCAAUUAAUAUGGAAAAGUAUACUAUCAAAUAAAGUUUUUUUCAAAAGACUCCAUUUACGAAUACUCUAUAGACAUGAUAAGAAAUAUUACAUACUUAAGUGGAAUAGACUAUGUUAAUUAAUCUGGACUUGCUAUAUUUUAGUAAUCUAAAACAGCAGUUUCUAUAAAUACUUCAAUAAAUUAUUUUGGAGGAGGCGAUUCAGGAUUAUUAUUUAUAUCUUAAAUGUAAAAAUAAAGAUAUUCUAAGCUUUUUUUAGAUAAAUCCUUAUUAAAUUCAAAAGAUAUUUUUUUAAAUAUUUUGCAAAGUACUAAGUUAGGGCUAUAUUUUGUUAUAAGUAACAAACAAGUAUCUUCGUUUGAUAUAUUUACUAACAAAUUUAUAGAUAUUAUAUUUUAAGAUCCCAAUUUUUGUGAUUUAAUAAAAGAAGAAACAAUCCUAAUUUGCUGGAAUUAAAACUAACUUGUCUUAGUGAACUACUCACUUAAAAAUAAAAAAUUUAAUUAUGUAGGUAUGCUUUUUCUAAUAGGAUAUUCUUUUGAUUUUUAUAAAGAUCAAUUAUAUUUAUAUGGUUCGAGCCUUAUAAUUGUUAAUUCUUAGCUUUAAGUUAUUUACACAAUUUUAGAUGAAGACCUAAAUGGAUUUAUUACUGGCUGCUAAAAUUCUAUGAAUAAAGUUAUAUGUAUUUAUUAAGAUUUUGAUUCUAUUGCUUAUCUUCUUAUAUUUGACAAAAUAUAAAAAAUGACUUAAAAAUAUAAUCUUGCAGUUACACAAGGAAAAAAUAUAGUUAUUAUUUAUUGA